GAUCAGACCACGGAGCUCCAACUACAUGGCUUAGGCGCUGAGUAUGUAUCGCAAGGGGUGAGGAGAGGAAGACUGUACUCCGGAUUACGCAGACUCAUCUAGAAAACAGUUUUAAGUGAAAGGAACCUGUUCUUGGGAACGACGGUAAUUUGUUCUCUCAAACUCCUACAAGUCUUUCACAGAUUAAUAUUUAAUGGCUUCGGUAUGGAGAUAGCCUUGGUGAGUUUUGAAAACGGCGGCGCAAAAGGAACUGGGGGAAAUGCCGGCGAAGCCUGCCAAAACGCACUGGAUCACCCACAACAAGGUUUUGUCCAGACUGGAUUCUCUGAGGGCUACAAGGAGUCAAACACGUUGUGCUGUCCACCCCAGAGCUCGUGGAAAAUUAACGACAUGAACAACACGUUUAGCUGCAGCGAGAAUGCCAUGGAUGCGCUGUUGCGCGCCGACCAUAGUCCGCACCUCUUUGAUGAGGACAUGUUGGACAUGGAUAUGGACAACGACAGCAACGAGAGGGUGUUUAUCAACAUCGCUGGACUGAGGUACGAGACCCAGUUGGGCACCUUAAAUCAGUUUCCCGAUACUUUGUUGGGCGACCCGCAUAAGAGAAUUAAAUACUUCGAUCCACUUCGGAACGAGUACUUCUUUGACCGCAACAGGCCGAGUUUCGACGGGAUUCUCUAUUUUUAUCAAUCUGGGGGAAAGAUUCGGCGACCUGUCAAUGUGUCAAUCGACGUGUUUGCGGAUGAGAUUCGCUUUUAUCAGCUGGGAGAGGAUGCGAUGGAGCGCUUCCGCGAGGACGAGGGAUUCAUUAAAGAAGAGGAGAAACCGUUACCACAAAAUGAAUUUCAAAAGCAGGUAUGGCUCAUAUUUGAGUACCCGGAAAGCUCCAGUCCUGCGAGAGGAAUUGCAAUAGUGUCUGUCAUUGUUAUCACCAUAUCAAUCAUAACGUUUUGUUUGGAAACGCUGCCAGAGUUUCGAGACGAGAGAGAACUGCCAGUCACCGUCAGAGGUGACAAUAGCACACUAGUGCGGUCGUCCCUCACUUUCACCGACCCCUUCUUCAUCAUAGAAACCACCUGUGUGAUAUGGUUCACUUUUGAGCUCUUCGUGCGCUUCUUCGCCUGCCCUAGCAAGUCGGAGUUUUCCAAGACCGUCAUGAACAUCAUUGACAUUAUGUCCAUCAUGCCUUACUUCAUCACAGUAGGCACCGAGCUGGCCGAACAGCAAGACCAGGAGCAUGUCGAGCACCAGAACGGCCAAACCAUGUCGUUGGCCAUCUUGCGAGUCAUCAGGCUGGUGCGCGUGUUUCGAAUAUUCAAACUCUCUCGCCACUCCAAGGGCCUCCAGAUUCUGGGCCAGACUCUCAAGGCCAGUAUGCGCGAGCUCGGCCUCUUAAUCUUCUUUCUCUUCAUUGGAGUCAUCUUGUUCUCGAGCGCAGUCUUCUUCGCAGAAGCGGAUGAACCCGAGUCCCACUUCUCCAGCAUCCCCGAUGCCUUCUGGUGGGCGGUUGUCACCAUGACCACUGUGGGCUACGGGGACAUGAGACCGGUGACGGUUGGGGGUAAAAUAGUGGGCUCUCUCUGUGCCAUCGCUGGUGUGUUGACCAUUGCCCUGCCGGUGCCAGUCAUCGUGUCCAACUUCAAUUACUUUUACCACAGAGAGACUGACCAGGACCAGUCGUCACUGAAGGAUGACAAGGAACCCAGCGGUCGUGCUAGUCCGAGCGACGAAAUGAAGCGCAGCCGAAGCAGGUCAUCUCUCAAGUCGACAGGAGACGUGGAGAAUAACGACGGCACAAACACGACUGUGGAGAAAACCAACAUCAAGGCUAACAGCAGCAUUGACAUCAAGAAAUCCCUUUACGCGUUUUGUUUGGACACGAGAGAAACAGACUUGUAGCCCCCUUUAUGGGGUGCUUUUGCUACCCUCUCCAUGGGGACACAUUGUUACUGUGAAAGCCUGUUUAGUCUCUUAAUUAAGUCUUUGAACCAAUAUGCCCGGGAUGUCCAAAGGCUUUUUUGCACAUUGGCAGAAUCAACAGAAUGACAGUGAUUCAGGAAAAAUCUGCCACCCUGACACAUAUAAGCACAGCACAUAAUUUUCUAAUUUGCAUAAUUUCAUGAUUUUCUAAUAAGCACAUUCAUUAAAAUCCCAUUUCAGACGCCAGCUGAAUCAAAUGGACGUAGUAAUUAUAUUGCACAUUACACAUCACAGGCCCACACGCUUCGUGUCACUCACUAUGAGGACAUCAGAUGAUGACAUAGCUGGAUAUAUAGACUGCACAAACAGGUGACGCACAGUUGGAUGAUUUGAAAAAGGCAUCUAAGUUAGGCUAUUUGUUUUGUUGGCCUUAAAUGAACGUCUACUACCAACAAUCAUGAAAUAAAUAGGCCUAUAGGCUACCCUACGAAUUGCAUAAGGAUAUGCCUUUUAGUUUGAACAAGUGGGCAUUUAAAUUUGAAUAUACCUACCACUUAAGUCAAUCAGAUGUUUACAGGAAGUCCUGAUGCAAGGACUG